AUGCCACCCCUCGCAGGAUUCUCAGACAACCCAUUGCGUUCCCGCGCCGAUCUCAUCCACGCGGCCAUCGCUCUCGUCCAGCCUCUGCACACACACUUCUCUCCCAGGAACGCCUUCAUCCGCCUCCCCGUCGCGACAGGUACACAUUUCGACGAGAGAGCGGCGCAGCUAGAAGGCUAUGCGCGGCCAUUAUGGGUGAUCUCCACUUUGCUACGUGCAGUGCGUGCCGAACCCGAUCAUCCAGACGCAGAGGCAAUCCGCAGUGUAUGUCGGCCCUGGAUUCAGGGGAUCCAGACCGGGACAGAUCCCGCGCACCCGGAGUACUGGGGCGAGAUCGGCGACGGCGACCAGCGGAUGGUCGAAGCAGAGGUCAUCGCCGUCGCGGUCCUGUUUGCGCCGGAGGACUUUUACCAUUCGCAGCCUGCCCGUGUCCGUGAGAACAUCGUUGCCUGGCUGCGCGGGAUCAACGGGAAGGAGAUGCCGGUGAAUAACUGGCGGUGGUUUCAUGUUUUCGCCAACCUCGCCUUAAUCAUUGUGGGAGGAGUUCCGUACGCAGAGCUGAAGGGCGCGAUGGACGACGACCUUGCCGUCCUUGACUCGUUCUACCGAGGCGAAGGCUGGUCUGGUGAUGGGCCGUGGUUGACCGGAGAACAGGAGGCCGAGCUGGAGCAGGAAUACAAGAGGACCCGACGGCGUGAUAAGAUCGGACCAGGCCGCCAGGUGGAUUAUUACUCCAGCAGCUACGCAAUCCAGUUCAGCCAGCUGCUGUAUGCCAAGUUCGCGGCAGAGCUCGACCCGGCUCGCUCAGAAGGAUACCGGCAGCAGGCGAGGGAGUUUGGGCGGGCAUUCUGGAGGUAUUUCGAUAGGGAUGGCGCAGCCAUCCCCUUCGGCAGGUCUCUCACGUAUCACUUUGCGUGUGCCGGCUUCUUCGCAGCCCUGGCUGUUGCCGAAGUACCAGAUAUGCCGGCGCCGCUGGAUUCACCGGGCUCAGUCAAAGGCUUUCUGCUACGGCAUCUGAGAUGGAACAUGUACAUGGCCGAAGACUACAACUCGCCCCAGUCCGUCUACUGGUCGGUCAAGUCGUUCAUUCCGCUUGCCCUGGUCGACGGCCACUCCUUCUGGACCUCGUCUGAAUCAGCGUAUCCGGUCUUAGCCGACUCGGUCAAGUUGAUCCCGCAACCAACCCAGAUCCUCUGCGACCACGCCCACGGCGCGCACCACUUCCUCCUCAGCGCGGGCCAGUUCGUCGCCUGGCCCAUGAAAGCUUCGCAGGCCAAGUACUGCAAAUUCGCAUACUCCAGCUCUUUCGGCUUCAGCGUUCCGACAGGCUCGCUGAUCCAGCAGAUCGUACCGGAUAAUGCUCUCUUCUUCAGUCGCGAUGGGAUCGAGACCUGGGCGGGGAAGUGGAAGUCUUCAGAGGCGAGGUUCGGGACUGCAAAUGCAGUUGGGGAGACUGUGCCUGUUGUGCAUGUCAAGUGGCGACCUUGGGCCGACGGGCAGCUUGUCGUCACAAUGAGCCUGAUCCCGCCAACGGCGAGGUGGCCAGAUUGGCAUACCCGCGUCCACCGGAUCCAAUUGAAGGGAGAGGCCCCCUUAGAAAGUCUUCAUCUGGUUGAGGGCGGGUUUGCUAUCGAGCGAGUUCCGGCUGAGAAGAAAGCCUUGCCGGUGCUCUCGGAUGGUAAUAUCGAGGGCGCGAGUAUCGGGAGGAGUGAGGGCAUCUACGUGUCACAAUCAAGUGCUCUUGUGCUCUCGCAGGCCGGCGCAAGCGGCAUCGUCUCUGCAGCAGUGCGCCGGCGACCUGAGUAUGAGGCCAUGAAGCCCGAUUCCAACACGAAUCUACUCUCCCAGCGCACCUUGGUGCCGGUCGCAAAGUUAGGACUACUUGAUGUCGAGGCUGGAGAGGAAAUCGAGCUCGUAACUAGAGUGUUUGCUAUUUCUGCGAAGUCGCUUAGGGGUCAGCCGGGUGCGAGCGUACCUGACGGGAGAGGUGGGGGAGGGAUCCAGCGGCCUAUGCGAGAGAGGUGGCUGGAUGUGCCCAAAGUCCAGCUCGGGGAUAUUCCUGAAAAUGGUGGCGAGGAUGUGAUUGCGCUCGAAAUUUGA